UUCCAAGGAGGAUUCAGAUCCUCCUUUUUCAUAGUCCAGUGGAAACUGAGCCCCUCACCCCCUUCCAGACCCCAGGCGCUUCCCUUCCCACCCCGGAGCCCUCCUCGGCUCUGCCUCCUUUGCACCUGAGCCCCAUCGGCCGGCCACAAGGAUGAUGAUGUGGUCCAACUUCUUCAUGCAAGAGGAGGACCGGCGGCGAGCGGCCGCGGGCCAGCGGCGGGCUCAAGGGCAGCACAAGUCCUGGCUGACGCCGGAGCGGGAGGGAAAGAUCAAGCUGGUGCUGCUGCUGAUCACCGUGGGCGCCACGCUGGCCGUGCUGGCCGUGGGCACCGAGUUCUGGGUGGAACUCAACACCUACAAGAUCAACGGCAGUGCUGUCUGCGACGCUGCCCACCUGGGGCUGUGGAAGGUGUGCACCAAGCGACUGUGGCAGGCCGACAUGCCAGCGGGCAGAGAGACCUGCGGCCCGGCGGAGCUGCCUGGAGAAGCAAACUGCACCUACUUUAAGUUCUUCACCACGGGGGAGAAUGCACACGUCUUCCAGAGAACCAUAAAGAAAGAGGUGAAUCUGGCGGCUGCAGUGAUAGCAGUGCUAGGCCUGGCAGUCAUGGCCCUGGGGUGCCUCUGUAUCAUCAUGGUGCUCAGCAAAGGUGCACAGUUCCUGCUCCGAGUUGGAGCCAUCUGCUUGGGCCUCUCAGGCCUGCUGCUGCUGGUCAGCCUGGAGGUGUUCCGGCAUUCCGUACAAGCCCUGCUGCAGAGAGUCAGCCCCGAGCCUCCCCCGCCCCCAGCCCUGACCUACGAAUACUCCUGGUCUCUGGGCUGCGGUGUGGGGGCCAGCCUGGUCCUGCUGCUGGGGGGCGGCUGCUUUCUCCUGCUCACCCUGCCUCCCUGGCCCUGGGGCUCACUCUGUCCCAAGUGGGGGCACAGGGCCACCUAGAGCCACCAUUGUCCCUUCUCUAAGCUCCUUCCAAACUCUUCUCCUUUCUCUAUUGUCCCCCCUCAAAAUCUUUGGCCCCAUGUCCUGGAGAAACCGUGUUCUCCCUGCUCUGGGGCCCACAUUGUUUGCACAAACCUGCCUCUUGUACCCUCAUCUUUUCUCUCUGUAAAUGUUUUCCUCAGUGGCUGAAUUUAGGAUGUUUGGGGGUGGGAUGGGGAGAGGCUUUUUGCAAACGACGGUCCCCAGGGAAGGCUGGUGGGGACCUGAUGGGGUAACUAGGGAGUGGGGGGGUGAGGUUAGGGCGUCUUGGGAGGGAGUUGGACCUAUUGAUUUCCCACAUCUGGAUGUGCUCACCUGUGGGAGAGACUUCUUCUGGCUAAUCUGAAACUCGGGUAGAGG